CAAUGGCUUUUAUGUAAUGACUAGGAUCGCCCCCUGCUAGACGCUCUCUCUCCCUCUCUCUGGCUGCCUGACUGACUGACCCCCUUCCUUCAGUCCAGGGCGCUUGCCAAGGAUUUGUCACUUUGCACAACCUUAAAACCGGACUUAACUCGGCAUUAACUCCCAGCAAACUCAGUCAAAGAGGACCAAAACAAGAGGAGGGAAAAGCUUGGCAGUUGAUAUUUUAAUCAGAGGGCUUUUUCUCCGUGCAAUCAAAGAGGGGCAUCCAUUAAAGGGAGAUUUAAGGGAGAUUUUUGAGCAGUGUAUGUUUUCUGCGAUUGAUUGCUGAGCAGGGACCGGAUCAAAGUCAGUAUGUACCGAUACACUAUAAUGUAUCAGUUGGAGCAAAAGCGGAUAGAGCAAGAAAAACGCAGCAGAGAUCGAGAGCGUCAACUUCGUCACGCCGCACCGAUUAAAAAGCUCGAUAACAAGGCAGCCGCUCUCAGACAAGGCCGCGUGCAAGUUUGGGUGGUGGUUGGAGUCCAGUUUGUUUUAACAGUAUGGGCUUCUAUGGGAGGAUGGAUCGACUCUGGUUACGUGUAUAUGAACUCAAUCAUCUUGAUCACAGGCCUUAUGGCAAUAAUGAUGCCCGAAUCACCGGAGAGUGUGUUUAUGAUGUUAAUAUUUGAGAUCCUGAGCAUCUUAAUGGACAUAAUCUUCUUGGGCAUCUACUUCCCUAGGAUACAAUGUGUUGAAGUGAACUGUUCAACAAUGAAAUUUGGAGCUGGCAUGUGCAUAUUGAACCUGCUGCUGAAACCUGUUGCGAUAUACCUGCUCUUCAGGGAAUACAACAGACGAGGCGGGGACUACGGGGACCUUAACUUCCCCAACCCAACCGUCAGGGGGUACGAGAACAUCGACCAGUCCCUCCCCACCAACAACCAGGUCGAGGAGGCUCACCCGCCAACCUCCAUCGACAAACCGUACACCCCCCUUCCGCAGUAGACCGCUGCAGCCAGCCACGGGGUUUAUGAUCGACGCAAUACGAUGCAGGCUAGGGUUGGGAUUCGCUAGCACCGUAACUUCAUGGAGCAUAGUUUUCAUCAGGAAUUUGUAGCUAUAUGGGGCAGCUAGAAGAUGUCUUGUCGGGUAUGUCUCGGUGGUGCUGGGUGCAUUCUCGUUUCUUGUCUGUUUAAUACUUAUCCAGUUUUUCUUCACAAUUUUGAGAUGCUACGUACUGUAGACAUAUUUCCCUGCCAUACCAAUAAUAAAAAGCAAAGGAAUCUGAUUGGGAGUAGAAAUACAUAUUAGCUCUGGAUGGAGAAUCUUUCCAAUUUUUCAGUAGUUUUGCUUUUCUCACUCUUGAUCAUUUGGUACCCUUUGUUUGUGUUGCUUCAGUCGGGCCCUUCAACGAACUAAGUCAGAUCUUAGUUGGAAGUUUCUCAAAUUUACCUGCCAUCUCUAUUUUUUGUCUAAUAAUUGUAUCUAUUUGUGAGUGAG